UUAGACUCUCAUUAGCCUCUCAUUAGCUCCCUUUCAUCUUUAGUCAACAUGCCACCCAAAGGAUCAAGUCUAACUCAGACAACGCUGUCUUUUGGCAGCUCGAAGCCUUCCGCUGUUGCUGCCAAAACCAAGAAAGCAGCAGGGACUACCCGUAGUGCGGGGAAGAAAGCCAAUACGGUCACUACAAUCGACAUCUCGAGCAGCGAAGACGAAGAGGAGCAGAGGAACUUGGACGACAUUCAGGAACCGCAACCACCUAGCGACUCGGAAACGGAGGAUGGUAUUGAGCAACACUCAGACGAGAAGCGACCCGAUGGUUCUCGUGUUCUGCAGCCGACCAGUACCAAAGCGGAAAAGUCAACGACAGCGGUAUCGAAAGCGAAGCCAAAAACAGCGACCCACGAAACUGUGAAGGCCGCAGAGAGCGCUGUGAAGUCCAAAGUGUCCGCGGAGAAAGCAGAGGUGGAGUCACGGCCACACCUCAAUGUCAAGGACCCUGCAUAUAGCAGGCUCUUUGCGGAAGCUAGGCAGAAGAAUGGGUACCUGCCAACAGUCCAUCCCAAGGAGGGAGAGAAUCGCAUACACGAGAUAUUGAGGGUGUUCGACCUUUCCUACGAAUAUGGACCGACGGCUGGUAUGACUCGGCUGGAGAGGUGGCAGCGAGCGAAGGCCUUGAAGUUGAACCCACCGCAAGAGAUUUACGACAUCUUGACUACUCAAGAGGGAAUUAUAAGACCUGACUAUCGUGACAACGUCCUCGCGGGAGAGGUCUAAAUUGCCUAAUUGGCACCUUUGCUUUUUGGCUUAUAUGCGUACAUUGCUUGAUUUUUUACUGCGACAUUAAUAUACUACCAACACAAUACAUUUCAUUGGCCGGUACUUGGGCUCAUUAAAC